UUCCCGGAUCAGACUCGAGCACAGCAGUGGUAUGGCAGCCGGGAGACGGACAGCCAUUUUGUAAUCCGCAGCCAGUCUGUUCAAUUUGCUAUUUAAACGGCUUUAGUCCAUAUUUUCAUGAUGGGUCAGUGUGGGAUUACGUCGUCUAAAACGGUUUUGGUGUUCCUGAACCUGAUAUUCUGGGCCGCUGCUGGCAUUCUGUGCUAUGUUGGAGCCUACGUGUUCAUCACGUAUGAUGACUAUGACCAUUUCUUUGAGGAUGUGUACACCCUGAUCCCAGCCGUUGUCAUUAUCGCAGUCGGAGCGCUGCUGUUCAUUAUUGGACUCAUUGGAUGCUGCGCCACUAUUCGAGAGAGCCGCUGCGGUCUUGCCACGUUUGUCAUCAUUCUUAUGCUGGUUUUUGUGACUGAGGUGGUUGUGGUGGUUCUUGGCUAUAUUUACAGAGCAAAGCUCUUCACACUUUGUGAGCCCUUUCAGUUGUGUGCAAAGGUGAACAAGGCAAUGUAA